AGCGUAAAAUUUUGAGAGCAAAGUCUCAUGACUGCUUUCCUUUAAAUAAUAUAUAUAUAAAGAGAGAAACAGCGAGAGAAAUUUGCCAGGAAAGUGAAUGAAAGAAACAAUGGAGGGAGAAGCCGAGAGGUUCAUCAAGGCAUGGAUUAUAGCCAUAAUAUGUCUAUGUUAUUGUUACUACGCAGCAGCGAAAAUCCCCAAGGGAAUCCUCAGGCUUCUCUCGCUUCUCCCCGUCGUCUACAUCUUCAUCAUCCUUCCCCUUAAUCUCACCUCAGCCCAUCUCUGCUGCAUCACCACAUACCUCCUCCUUUGGCUUGCCAAUUUCAAGCUCCUCCUCUUCGCCUUCGAUCAUGGCCCCUUGUCUCCACUCCCACCAAAACUUUUCCACUUCAUCACUCUAGCUUCUCUUCCCAUUAAACUCAAGACCAAGAAUAACAGCAACCCAUCUCCACAAACAAGCUUAUUUACAAGGUCAAUUCUACUGGUAGUUAAAAUAUUGCUCAUGGCUAUCAUCCUCCAUAGCUACAAAUACAAACAUUUGAUGCACUCCUACGUCGUUUUCGCUUUAUAUUUCUCCCUCACUUACCUUCUAGUAGAAAUUUCUCAAGCCAUGUAUUCAAUCCCUGCUCGUGCUCUUUUCGGGUUCGAGCUUGACCCGCAAUUCAACGAGCCUUAUCUUUCUACCACACUUCAAGAUUUUUGGAGCCGUAGGUGGAAUAUCAUGGUGAGAAAUAUUUUACACCCAACUGUAUAUUUUCCUACACGAUGUUUCUUUAUGCCUAUAAUUGGUUCGUCGGGGGCCACGUUGAUAGCUAUCAUGGCGACAUUCUUAGUGUCGGGUUUAAUGCAUGAGAUCUUAUUUUAUUAUGUGAUACGUGUGAAUCCCACAUGGGAGGUAACAUGUUUCUUUAUUUUACAUGGUGUCUGCUCGGCCAUUGAGGUGGCGGUGAAGAAAGUGGCGAAGGAUAGAUGGAGGGUGCCGGUGGUUGUUUCAAGGCCAUUUACAAUUGCUUUCGUUGCUGUUACGAGCUAUUGGUUAUUUUUCCCUCAGAUAUUAAGAAAUGGGAUAGAUGAUAAGGUUAGAAGAGAACUCUUAAAUAUUGUAGACUUCGUCAAAGGCACAAAUUAA